CAUGAAAGCACGACUCAAUGCGUGGAAUUUAGUAUUAUAUUUAGUUGUUGAUGUUGUCGUCGGGAUGGGAAAAAAGUACACAGCAAAGAGACGUGAAAAGUGACCGAAAAAUUAAUAAAAUUCAAAAGAACCUUGUAAUGUUAGUUUUAAGUGGUAUUAAUCAUAUACCUAUAAACACAUAUUCGUAAACCAACACCUACAUACGUAUCUCAGUCAGCCAAACAACGCGUGUUUAUUUUUGUUCGUGGGCAAAGAAAAUUGCCAGACAAAAUAAAAAUGCAAAAGCAAAAUCGUGCGCGCUAAAGUAACAUAUUUAUUUUUAAUCAUUUCGCAACCGUUGAAAUUUUGUUCCAGCGCAACGUAUAGAAAAUUCUGAACUGUACCGUCAGCUAUACGCCAUACCGAGAGACGACUUAUAGCAAAAAUAAAUCUGAUCGUUGAGAAAACCAAAACAAAUAAUAGUCACUAUCUCUCGCUACGCUAUACUUUAUUACUAACACAAUGUCAGUUAGAAUAAAUCGUUAAAAGAAAGGAUUGUUUUUAUGUUUUAUGUCGACUACAACUUCUGCGCGACUUUGUACACCGUUCACAGGUAUGAGCAAAAAUUUUCCACCAUCGAAAAACGGUUCCUCGUCAAAACUGAUAGCAGGAACCGAAACACACAUGAUAAAAUUGACAGCGCUACAUAACAAGAAACAAAUUCCAACAACAAGAACUUCAACAAAUAACACAAACACAGAGGCAACAUUUACAUUUAAAUUGGGACGAACAACUGGCAGCGACGUGAGCGGUGAUCUUAGUGUGAACUCUAGUGAAUCUUCAGAUCCCGUAGAAUCUGAUUACAGUGAGAAAAGCGAAGAUGAAAAGGCGCAACAGGUGGAAAACACACAUGUCAGUGCCAACAGUCAUAGUAUCAGCAGCGUCACAACAACAUCCAUGAAUAAUGAAACCGUAGAUGGUGAAAAGGACGAAAGUCAUGAUGCAGAUGACAUCACUAAUACUGAGGACUCCGAUAGGAGCGAACAAGAUGACGGAAAUGAUACAGAUGACGAGGAAACUGACAAUGAAUCCGGAGAGAGUAGUAGCAAUCUAACGGAAAAGGGUGGGCGUAAAUAUCAUCUUGAUCAUUUUCAGAUUAUCAAAACCGUUGGCACCGGUACAUUUGGACGUGUGUGUCUCUGUCGCGAUAAGGUUUCCAACAAAUAUUGUGCAAUGAAAAUUUUAGCAAUGACAGAAGUCAUACGACUUAAACAAAUUGAACACGUGAAGAACGAGCGAAAUAUAUUGCGAGAAAUACGUCACCCAUUUACUAUAUCUUUAGAAUGGUCCACUAAAGAUGAGUCCAACUUAUACAUGAUCUUUGAUUAUGUUUGUGGGGGCGAGCUGUUCACAUAUCUGCGCAAUGCGGGGAAGUUUUCUAGUCAAACCUCAAACUUUUAUGCAGCAGAAAUUGUGAGCGCUCUUGAUUAUCUACACUCACUGCAAAUUAUCUAUCGGGACUUGAAACCAGAAAACUUGUUAAUAAAUAGAGAUGGUCAUAUAAAGAUAACUGACUUUGGUUUUGCUAAGAAGCUCCGUGAUCGGACAUGGACAUUAUGCGGUACGCCCGAAUAUAUAGCACCAGAAAUAAUACAAUCUAAAGGCCACAACAAGGCAGUCGAUUGGUGGGCGUUGGGUGUAUUAAUUUAUGAAAUGCUUGUAGGCUAUCCGCCAUUUUAUGAUGAGCAGCCAUUCGGCAUCUAUGAAAAGAUAUUAAGCGGUAAAAUUGAAUGGGAACGCCAUAUGGAUCCCAUUGCAAAAGACUUAAUAAAAAAAUUAUUGGUGAAUGAUAGAACAAAGAGACUGGGUAAUAUGAAGAAUGGUGCUGAUGACGUUAAGAGGCAUCGCUGGUUUAAGAACUUGAAUUGGAAUGAUGUAUAUAAUAAAAAACUUAUGCCUCCAAUUUUACCUGAUGUACAUCAUGAUGGGGAUACAACCAAUUUUGAUGAUUAUUCCGAAAUGGACUGGAAGCCCACCAUUGCAAUAGACCAAAAAGAUUUAAAGUUAUUUAAUGAUUUCUAAACAAAACAAACCCAAAAAUGAAAAAUAUUAAAGGAAAAUACUUAAAGUGUGCAUGACUAUCAAAAACUAAAUCAAUUUAUGUUAUUAUUAAGUUCAAGUCAGGAUUUCUGUAAUUAAAUUGAAGAGUUAAUACACGAAUUUAUAACUUAAAGAGUAAGCUCUAAUCGGUAGGGCCCGAACUAGACCGAGCUGCUCUUUAAAACAUUUUGCAUAGUAUUUAUUUAUACAUAUACAUGUUAUAUAUGUAGGUAGUGAAGCAUAUAAAGUGUAAUCUUAAAAAAUCGGAAUAAAAGUUUUUCUUAUGAUUUCAGCUCGCAUAUUCACAAUC